AUGGUGUCUGCCUCCGCGCACAAAAAUGAGAUGGGCAUCACUGCCUACGCCGACGGCCAGAAAGGCCCGCGCAUCUACAUUUUCCCGCCUGACCCCAUCAGUGCCGACCCAACUCCACCACCACACGCACGCCUCGCGGCGGAUGCGCAGCAGCAAGAAGGUUUCGGUCAUCCCUUGAGGUGCCUUUUGGACUCUUUACGCAGGUGCAAAGACAGGAAAUUUUACGAGAGUGUGACGAAAGGCAGCCCGACGAGUGAUCUGGACUCGCUUGUUCUCAAGGAGAUCUUCGAUGGGUACACCCCGGUGGGGAAGGAGAAGCGGAGCGAGGCCGCCGCUCACGAGAACAGUCUAGCUAGGCUGGGACGCGGGAGCAAGCAGAACGCCGGUCGAACUUUUAGCGUUGAAGAGUGGGAGGACAAGUGCAAGUUCUUGGCCGACUUGGUGGAGGAGAAUGGCAUCGGUCCCAUCAUGGCAAAGAUCGAAGACGCUGCCCGGCGGGAGAAGGUGGUUGCGAUGUGA